AGGUCGAGGAGGACCCCCGCAGGCCGCAGGAGGCACAAGCCCGAAUCCUUCGCAUUCGCAUCCCCGAGCGGCGGAAGGAAGGGAGCCGAGCGAGAAGGCCAGCAAAGAGGAGCCGAAGGUUGCUAGGGCCGGAGGCGGAUGGGGUUCAUGCUGCGGGUGAGGCUGGCCUCCUUCUUCGCCGGCGCGACGGCCGCCGCGGCGGGCGGGGGCUACUUCCUCUACAAGGACUACAGGCUCGCCCACGACUCCAUGGCCCUCAAGGUAAAAGGUCUCCAAGAGUCUACCGACGCUCGCUACAAAGCCCUUGAAAAACGACUUGCGGCUUUGGAAGGUCAGCAGAGCACUGGGGCUGCUCCGGAUGCAUCUGAUUAGUCUGUUCACUAUGAGGAUUGAGCAUGGAUAAUUUACGACUGUUUUCUUUACCCCGGUUAUCUUCUCCUUUGAAAGCAAGAGGCCUGACUGACAACAAAAUAAUCUAGGAUGCUUCUUUUGUACCGCAAUUGUCUGAGGCUGAGGUUCUUCCCCUACAUUCUGUUUGUGUUUCAUGUCAGAGAUGCACAUGAACAUCAGAACUCUGAUUGCUCAGGCAUACAGAACGUGCACCAAAUGGUCGUAAACCCAACACCAAUUUGAGACGGAUGGAUUUUGCCGCAUCGUCUCA